AUGGCCGAGGGAACGCAGUGUAUUACAACCCGGCUUGUAAAAGAAAAGUUAUCAGAAAAUUAUCUUCACGAGCGGGACUUGCUAAUUUCAGCAGAAUUUAAUAAGAGUUGCCGUCAGUUAGCCAAGUAUAGAGAUGACGACGAUUACGCUGAUGAAGUAAAAUGCCCUGGAAAAGAACUUUUGCGAGGUUGGGGCUCAGUACCAACACUGCCUGUAAAGGAAAGCAACGCAGUAUUUCCUUCAGGGACGUCGCUGUAUUUGAAAUCGAAGAAAACUACAAACUGGGACCCGGCUGGUCGAAAUUCAAAUUCUCGUUUGAAAUGGUGUCCUGGUUUAGUAAUUCAGACAUGGAAAUUGGAGUUUGUCGUGGUUCCAAUAAGUCCUUGGUUGCAUAAAGAAAUGCGUCUUUCUCAAGCAGAAUUUGCUCAGUCGGAACCGAUGGAAGUUGGAGACUGGGUUGAGUAUCAAUAUUCCCAUGGGGCAGUUUUGAAAUGUAGAAAAGUGCGUCCAAUUCGUCGCACAGUUGUUCGGAAUGAAAGAGUUUGGGUUCGUAUAUUGUCUAAUUUUUAAGU